GCCCCCCCCCCGUUGCGCGGGCCAAUGGCGGUGCUCCUAUAAAAAGGCAGCUCCGCGCGCUCUCUCUUGGAGCUGCGAAUCGCUUGUGGAGUGCCAGUUUAGACUGCGGGGUCUUAAGUGUGUCGGGACGUGGAGGUCCGGCAGGAGACACAGAGUCACAGCACGUCCGUUCUCCGUCUCGCAGCCGGCACAGCUAGAGCUUCGAGCGCAGCGCGGCCAUGGAUCCCAGCAGCAAGAAGCUGACGGGCCGCCUCAUGUUAGCCGUGGGAGGAGCAGUGCUCGGAUCCCUGCAGUUCGGCUAUAACACUGGGGUCAUCAACGCCCCCCAGAAGGUAAUUGAGGAGUUCUACAAUGAAACAUGGAGUCAACGCUAUGGAGAGCCCAUCCUAUCCACCACACUCACCACGCUUUGGUCUUUCUCUGUGUCCAUCUUCUCUGUCGGGGGCAUGAUUGGUUCCUCCUCUGUAGGCCUCUUUGUUAAUCGCUUUGGCAGGCGGAACUCCAUGCUGAUGAUGAACCUGUUGGCCUUUGUGUCUGCUGUGCUUAUGGGCUUCUCCAAACUGGGCAAGUCCUUUGAGAUGCUGAUCCUGGGCCGCUUCAUCAUUGGCAUUUACUGUGGCCUGACCACUGGCUUUGUGCCCAUGUAUGUGGGAGAGGUGUCACCCACAGCUCUUCGUGGAGCCCUAGGCACACUGCACCAGCUGGGCAUCGUCGUUGGCAUCCUUAUCGCCCAGGUGUUUGGCUUAGACUCCAUCAUGGGCAAUGCAGAUUUGUGGCCUCUGCUGCUCAGUGUCAUCUUCAUCCCAGCCCUGCUACAGUGUAUCCUGUUGCCCUUCUGCCCCGAGAGCCCCCGCUUCCUGCUCAUCAAUCGUAACGAGGAGAACCGGGCCAAGAGUGUGUUGAAGAAGCUUCGAGGGACAGCUGAUGUGACCCGAGACCUGCAGGAGAUGAAAGAAGAGGGUCGGCAGAUGAUGCGAGAGAAGAAGGUCACCAUCUUGGAGCUAUUCCGCUCCUCCACCUACCACCAGCCCCUCCUCAUCGCUGUGGUGCUACAGCUGUCCCAGCAGCUGUCGGGCAUCAAUGCUGUGUUCUACUACUCAACGAACAUCUUCGAGAAGGCAGGUGUGCAGCAGCCUGUGUAUGCCACCAUUGGCUCCGGUAUCGUCAACACGGCCUUCACUGUGGUGUCGCUGUUUGUCGUAGAGCGAGCUGGACGGCGGACCCUGCAUCUCAUUGGCCUAGCUGGCAUGGCGGGCUGUGCUGUGCUCAUGACCAUCGCCCUGUCCUUGCUGGAACAGCUGCGUUGGAUGUCUUAUCUGAGCAUUGUGGCCAUCUUUGGCUUUGUGGCCUUCUUUGAAGUAGGCCCUGGUCCUAUUCCAUGGUUCAUUGUGGCCGAGCUGUUCAGCCAGGGGCCCCGUCCUGCUGCUAUUGCUGUGGCUGGCUUCUCCAACUGGACCUCAAACUUCAUUGUGGGCAUGUGCUUCCAGUAUGUGGAGCAACUGUGUGGCCCCUACGUUUUCAUCAUCUUCGUGGUGCUGCUGGUGCUUUUUUUCCUCUUCACCUACUUCAAAGUUCCUGAGACCAAAGGCCGGACCUUCGAUGAGAUCGCUUCAGGCUUCCGGCAGGGGGGUGCCAGCCAAAGCGACAAGACACCUGAGGAGCUCUUCCACCCUCUGGGGGCUGACUCCCAAGUGUGAGGAGCCCCCACAGCCAGCCCGGCCUGCUCCCAGCAGCCCCAAGGAUCUCUCUGGAGCACAGGCAGCUAGAUGAGACCUCUUCCAAACUGGCAGAUCUCAGGCAAGCCGGGCCUGGGCACCAUUCUUCAGCCAGCAAUGAAGUCCAGAAGAAUAUUCAGGACUCUGAUGGCUCCAGAAUUUUUAAUGAAAGCAAGACUGCUGCUCAGAUCUAUUCAGAUAAGCAGCAGGUUUUAUAAUUUUUUUAUUACUGAUUUUGUUAUUUUUUUUUUUUUAUCAGCCACUCCUAUCUCCACACUGUAGUCUUCACCUUGAUUGGCCCAGUGCCUGAAGGUGGGGACCACGCCCUGUCCAGACACAUGCCUUCUUUGCCAAGCUAAUCUGUAGGGCUGGACCUAUGGCCAAGGACACACUAAUACAGAACUCUGAGCUAGGAGGCUGUACCGCACGAGGCGGUAGCUGCCACCCUCUUCCGCAGGCCUGGACCUCAGCACCAUAGGGGUCCAGGCUCCAUUUUAGGAUUCACCCAUUCCUGUCUCUUCCUACCCAACCACUCAAUUAAUCUUUCCUUGCCUGAGACCAGUUGGAAGCACUGGAGUGCAGGGAGGAGAGGGAAGGGCCAGGCUGGGCUGCCAGGUUCUAAGUCUGUUGUGCACUGAGGACCAGACGAACACCAUGCGAAGGACCUCGGAGGCUGAGAACUUACUGCUGAAAUCACGGACACUCCUGCCCUGCUGUGUAUAGAUGGAAGAUAUUUAUAUAUUUUUGGUUGUCAAUAUUAAAUACAGACACUAAGUUAUAGUAUAUCUGGACAAACCCACUUGUAAAUACACCAACAAACUCCUGUAACUUUACCUAAGCAGAUAAAAAUGGCUGGUUUUUAGAAACUUGGUUUCAAAAUGCUUGUGGAUUGGGGCCAGGCAGGUUGGGUUGGAGGUGAGAAGGGCAGCAUAGCAUGUCUGUGACCAGGUAGUGGCUGGGGAGCCUGGCAGUCUGUCCCUUUUGUUGCUCAAAAAACUGUAUGACCUCUGACCCGGAGGAAAACCCCAGUCAUUUUCAUCAGGCUUCUUUCAGACUGAUCACUUACCAUGCCAGCCCUGAUGGCGCAAGCUUCAACAUGAUCUUGAAAGUGAAGAUAGGAAUCCUAUCUUCAUCUGACAAGCUUCAAGACGUUUAACAAGCAUAUUUACAGCUCCGUCGCCAUACCCUGCCCCCAAAACAAGAUGGGCUCUGUGCUGCCACCAUGCUCUGUCUCCAGGCAGCUUUCCUGUUUACAGAAACCAUAGAGGCCACCUCAGAGUCCAGCCUUGUGUGCACAGCACUAAACAGGCAGGUCCUUCCCGGAGAACUUCCCUUCACCCAGUUCAGAGGCACUUGAAGGGACUGGUAAUGUGUUGCCCCACUUGUCUGGAUUUAUCUCAAUCCAGAGCAUUAUUCAAUCCAGUCCUAGGCACUCUGGAAAUAGCUAUAGAGCGCCACGAGUCUCCACUUCUGUCGUACCCCCCCCAAAUUCUCUUUACAGAACCUAAAGGGAAUAUCCCCUGCAUACAGCUAUUCAAUCUCAGCAUGUCAAAGGGCUUAAGGAAAGGAGAAUGUAUAAGGAAUUAACUCCAGCCCGGUUCCCAAUUAAACAAAGUUGAGAAGGGCCGCGCUUGAAUUGCUCAGGCCAAAAGAAUAUGGGCCCGUUAUACCUGUGAAACCUACCACCGCCUAGUAAGUUAGUUGUCCAUGAACACACAUAAUAGGGUAGGGACAAUCGGGGAGCGUGUUAGUAGGUGCUAAGGCCCCCAGGUUCGGAAGAAACCAGCAUCACUCGGGCCCAGGGCUGAAAAAGCCAGACUCUGCAGACCUCUUUCCUGAAGCCUGCCUUGUUCUUAAAACGACGCGCAGGCGCAACUGGGCCGAGAUAGCCACAUCCUCCGGGCCACACAGCAGGGACGCACUCAACCCUCUGCUGUGCGGGGGCGGAGUUAGUGAUGUCAUCACCAAUUAGAGCGAUGGGGCGGGCUCUGAGCCUGGGAGGAGCACACCUGUCAGCAUCAGGUGAAGCCUUCAGUUUCUGAUUGGAAGUAGUUAUGGGAUUGCUCCUUG